AUUCACCCCCAGCUAUUCUUAGGAGCCUCCCAGGAGCUCUGCACAGCCUGGCCAGGCAGCAAGGGAUACAGCAGAGGAAGCCGCUGCUGUCAACACCAGAAUGUCUUACAGUGUGACUCUGACUGGGCCUGGACCCUGGGGCUUCCGUCUUCAGGGAGGCAAGGACUUCAACAUGCCCCUCACUAUCUCCCGGAUCACUCCCGGCAGCAAGGCGGCCCAGUCCCAGCUCAGCCAAGGCGACCUUGUGGUGGCCAUUGAUGGCGUCAACACGGACACCAUGACCCACCUGGAGGCCCAGAACAAGAUCAAAUCCGCCAGUUACAACCUGAGCCUCACCCUGCAGAAGUCCAAGCGUCCUAUUGCCAUCUCCACAACGGCACCUCCUAUCCAGUCCCCGCUGCCAGUGAUUCCUCACCAGAAGGACCCUGCUCUGGACACGAACGGCAGCCUGGCGACUCCCAGCCCCAGCCCUGAGGCGAGGGCCAGCCCAGGCAACCUGGGCACCCUGGAUUUCGGGGACACCUUUAGCUCCUCCUUCUCCCAGACCUCUGUCUGCACCCCACACAUGGAGGCCCCGGAAUCUGUCCUUUUUCAGGGCAGCCCAAUGGCCAAAGCCAGCCCAGAGGGUGUACAGGGCUCAGUCAGCCCCAAAGUUCUUCCAGGCCCUAGCCAUCCGAGGCAAUAUAACAACCCCAUUGGCCUGUACUCAGCAGAGACACUGAGGGAGAUGGCUCAGAUGUAUCAGAUGGGCCUCCGAGGGAAGGCCUCAGGUGCUGGACUUCUUGGAGGGAGCCUCCCCGUGAAAGACUUGGCCGUGGAUAGCGCCUCUCCUGUGUACCAGGCUGUGAUCAAAAACCAAAGCAAGCCGGAAGAGGAGGCUGAUGAGUGGGCCCGCCGGUCCUCCAACCUGCAGUCUCGCUCCUUCCGCAUCCUGGCCCAGAUGACAGGGACAGAAUACAUGCAAGACCCUGACGAGGAAGCUCUGCGAAGGUCAAGCACCCCUAUUGAGCAUGCUCCAGUGUGCACCAGCCAGGCCACUACCCCGCUGCUGCCUGCUUCUGCCCAGCCGCCUGCUGCUGCCUCUCCCAUUGCGGCCUCGCCAGCCCUGGCCACAACUGCUGCUGCCCAUGCUGCCACUGCCUCUGCUGCAGGUCCUGCCUCGAGCCCUGUGGAGAGUCCCAGGCCACAGGCCUCUGCGUACAACCCUGCAACAGCCACUUCUCCAGCACCCUCUGCCCACACCAGCUACAGUGAGGGUCCAGCUGCCCCUGCACCCAAGCCCCGGGUUGUAACAACCGCCAGCAUUCGGCCUUCGGUCUACCAGCCAGUGCCUGCAUCUACCUACAGCCCAUCCCCAGGAGCCAAUUACAGUUCAGCUCCCUAUACCCCCUCACCUGCUCCCGCUUAUACCCCCUCACCUGCUCCCACCUAUUCCCCUUCCCCUGCACCAGCUUAUACCCCUUCCCCUGCCCCAAACUAUAGCCCUGCUCCCUCAGCAGCCUACAGCGGGGGCCCUGCAGAGUCUGCCAGCCGCCCACCCUGGGUGACUGACGACAGCUUCUCUCAGAAGUUUGCUCCUGGAAAGAGCACCACUUCUGUCAGCAAGCAGACCCUGCCCCGGGGGGCUCCAGGCUACAACCCAACAGGUCCACAGGUGACCCCUCUUGCCAGGGGCCUGUUCCAGAGAGCUGAACGCUUCCCAGCAAGCAGCCGGACUCCCCUCUGUGGGCACUGCAACAAUGUAAUCAGGGGCCCUUUUCUGGUAGCCAUGGGCCGCUCUUGGCACCCAGAAGAGUUCAACUGUGCCUACUGCAAGAACUCCCUAGCAGAUGUGUGCUUCGUGGAGGAGCAGAACAACGUUUACUGUGAACGGUGCUACGAGCAGUUUUUUGCCCCACUGUGUGCCAAGUGCAACACCAAGAUCAUGGGGGAAGUGAUGCGCGCUCUGAGGCAGACAUGGCACACUACCUGCUUCGUCUGCGCAGCCUGCAAGAAACCUUUUGGAAACAGCCUCUUCCACAUGGAGGAUGGAGAGCCGUACUGUGAGAAAGACUACAUCAAUCUGUUCAGCACCAAGUGCCAUGGAUGUGACUUUCCUGUGGAAGCUGGCGACAAGUUUAUCGAAGCCCUGGGGCACACCUGGCAUGACACCUGCUUCAUCUGUGCGGUCUGCCAUGUGAAUCUGGAGGGGCAGCCAUUCUACUCCAAGAAAGACAAACCACUGUGCAAGAAGCAUGCGCAUGCUGUCAAUGUGUAGGGGCCCAGAGUGGCUGCUGCGGGCCGGGCCCUGGCUGCUCCUGCUGCCGACAAUGAAGGAGUCAAAGAUCUUUCUUCUGGGGGGAAAGGGGAACGAGAGGAAUGAUUGAGCCUUUUGAAGUCUAAUUUUAGUCUUUUCUGGUACACACAGAUUGUGUAUUUACGUAGUUCAGACCAGAAGCCAAAAGAAGAUUCUAAAACCAGGUAGUAACUAAUCCUCAGCUGGAACCGCACUUCAGCCUUUUGGGAAAGGAUUCCAAGGAAUCAAAACUGAAAAACAAAAAAAAGCAAUGUUCAAAAAUGAUACACCUCCCCAGCCAUCGCUGUCAUCAGUGCAGGGAAGAGCUCAGGGCAGUUACGGAGAAUCCAAAACACGCCGCGGAGUUCUGCAGGGCUCCUUGGCAAACACAAGGAUGUGCCAAACAGUAUUUGCUGUGGGGUUAUUUUUAGAGCCGGCACUGAGCGCUCCUUAGCUGAGACCCAUUGGGCCUUCCUCACCAAAAAAGGAAGAGUCGUUCCUUCAGCACCACAGAGCUUCCUCUGCGCAUCAGACUUCAGAUGUCGAAGAAACUGAAACACGUACGGGAAGCCCAGAAACCUGAAGCGAUAUUGGGCCACCACUGGGAAAAUGAAGAGGUUCCGGAAAGGUCUUUGGCUCAUGCCACAGGCAAGCGAGAAAAGAUGGACUCUCUUUGCAUCCCCCUCCCCCCCUUCAGUCUGAAACAUCUAACGUCCCUGUGAAGCUUUGCUCCUUCUGAAUUGUCAUGGGGAAGUGAACGUGGGUUUUCCAGUUUUGCUUUACAGUGUGUCAGAAGAGGUUUGCAAAGGACUCUGGGUAGGGUUUAGCCUCUGUUUGGCUUGAAGAGGGUCCUGAGCAUGAAUGUCCCAUGCAUGUAUUUCAUCCCCACCCAUGACUGCUCAUGUUGUGAGUGGGGGUAAAAUACAUCUUCCACAGCUCUAUCCUCAAACAAGCUUAGCGGAAAGAAAAGAGAGAUGGCGCCAAACACAGGGUGGCAGAGCAUGCUCUCAUGGCCAGCUGUGCUCCGGAAGAGUAGCUUGCUUUCUGCCUACCUCAGCAUGGGCUGCGGGAUGCCCACCUUCAGGGCUGCACCGUGCUCUUCAAAUACAGCACACCAAUUGCAUAAUCGCGCUGACUGCUGCAAGGAGGGGAAAAGAUACACUUGCCUUUUGGGCCGGUAUUUUGGAAAUAGCAUUGAACUAGACCUGGCCUUCAGAGUCCUUUACAGAUACGUAGGGCUAGAUAGAAGUAGAGAAAGUGGCUCCUUUCUGGGUUGGAGAUGGUACAGUCACUUUUCUUUCUAGGAAGUGCUGUUAGGAAGGAGGUUCAUUGGAAACGACAUUGACGCAGGCUGUGUGUGUACGUGUGUUCCUCACUGGAGCACAGUGUUCCGGCACUCUACAGGCUCACUGCCCCACUCUCUUUACUCCUGUUUGGGAUUUUUCUCUUUGCACAUUUGAAAUGCUUUAUGAGACUGCAUUCAAACUCUUCUUUCUUUUGAGGACUAAGGCUUUUAGGAGACUGGCCUAGAUAGCCCAUGGUUUUUCUAAGUCUGGAAUCACCAGUCCCCUCCGGGCAGCAUGGAGGACGGUUAGAACUGGGCUCCUACCAAGUGGCUCUUCUUUACUUUUGACUCAAAGCCUCAGGCUGGGUAAAUUCGGCUGGGACAGCCUGGAGAUUUGUUCAGAGAUACAGAACAGUACCUUGUGCACAGUCUGAUAUGUUUGGAAAGUACAACUACACAGGGACAAGGAGCUUGCUGACCAAACAGAAAGGUUCUAAAGCAGCUGAUUUUUUUUUUUUUUGAAAAAGUAUCUUAGUAUCUUAGUUUUUUUUUUUUUUUUUUUUUUUUGAGAC